UUAGGGUAUAAAAGGUAGUUAAAUAUUGUCCCACAUGAGAAACCCAAAAUGGUCAAAUAAAUGCACACCAGACACCAUAUUGAAAUUGUCAAAUUCAAAUCGAAUCUCAUCUUCCCUUUUCCCUUCCAUACCUCCUAUCAAAUUCCUAAAUACUACAAACAACAAUUGAUUAGUAGCCUAACGUUUUCGCAUGUUGAAAUUAAGAGGCUUCAAUCAAACAAUCCAUCUUCAUCCUAAUACCAAUUUUAACACGAAUAAUCUUAAUUUACUGAUCGUAAAGCCAGUCAAUUUUUCUCCAAGAACGUCAAUGGCGGAUUCCGAGAGCAGAUCAGAGAUUACGCAAACGUUGCAGACGGAGAAGAAGGCGGAGAACAAAGAAAUUCCGCCGAAGAAAAAGGAAUUGCCAGAGCCGCCGGAGAAACCAGAGGCUGGAGAUUGUUGUGGAAGUGGAUGCGUUCGAUGCGUUUGGGAUGUUUACUAUGAUGAACUCGAAACUUAUAAUCAAUUGCUCAAGGAAUACAAUAACUCUCUCAAAUGAAUUUCUGUGCAUCCUAUUCGUUUUUUUCUUCUUCUCAUGUAAUUCUUGUAUUUUUGCCGUUGUAAUUGAAUUGGAUUUGAAAUUGAAUUUGUGAUAUACAGAUUUGAUUCUAUUACAAAUCAAUUGAAAUUACUACAAACAAUUUGUUUUGUGGAACAUCUUUUACAAAAACAAAUUCAAUUUGUAUCGUCUUGUCUUCAGUUUAUUUGGAAAAUUAAUUAUAUUAUAGUUUAAGAAACUAAUACUUACUCCGUUCUAAUAUAC